CAUCUUCGAGCAGCUCAAUUGCACCGCGCACGAUGAUGCUCAGUGUGUUGCGCCGUCCGUCCGUGCAGCUGUCGCUGCUCGCUCGCGCAACACGCAGUGGCGCCCUCCAAAACCUGCGUUUCCUCAGCUCCACUGCCCCGACUGAGCAAAAAUCAAAGAAAAACGACGAGGAGGAGGAGCUGACCAAUACGAAACUGUGGGACACUGUGCUAGCCGACCACCCGGAGCACGCAAAGCAGCAGGGUGGUGACCUUCUCUACGAAUACCCGCAAAAGAGCUACUUCGGCUACAUGUCAGCUGGCUCUCUCGCUCAUAUUGCGUUCUGGUCGUGGCUCAAGGGGUACGAGCAGAGUCUCGUCGAGAUGCACCCGGUGCUGGGUGAGCCGACGUUCUUCUCGUUUAUCUCAGACGACUUUGGCUCGUCGAUGGGCUUCGGCAUGAGUAUUCUGCUUGCUGGUCUCAUUGGUUUCCACGCGAGCCGGUCAGUGGCUCGUAUCUCGGUCGUAGCAGGCGGGGACAAGCUGCGCUUCACGACCCACAAGUUUUUCGGAGUAAGCUAA